AUCGUCAAUGUGUGGUAUUCGGUGAACGGAGAGAGGCUGGGCACCUACAAUGGUCACACGGGAGCUGUGUGGUGCGUGGAUGCAGACUGGGACACACGACACGUGCUCACCGGCUCUGCGGAUAACAGCUGUCGGCUCUGGGACUGCGAAACGGGGAAGCAACUUGCUCUGGUGAAGACCAGCUCAGCAGUGAGGACGUGUGGCUUCGACUUUGGAGGAAACAUCAUCAUGUUUUCCACAGACAAGCAGAUGGGAUAUCAGUGUUUCGUGAGCUUCUUUGACCUCCGGGACCCCAGCCAGAUCGAGAACAACGAGCCUUACAUGAAAAUCCCCUGCAGUGACUCUAAAAUCACCAGUGCUGUGUGGGGCCCUCUGGGAGAGUUCAUCAUUGCCGGACACGAGAGCGGAGAGCUGAACCAGUUCAGUGCCAAGUCAGGGGAGCAGCUUUCAAACAUCAAGGAGCACACGAAGCAAAUCAACGAUAUUCAGACCUCCAGGGACAUGACCAUGUUCAUCACUGCCUCCAAGGACAACACGGCCAAGCUAUUCGACUGCACGACACUUGAGCAUUUGAAAACGUUCCGGACAGAGCGACCGGUGAACUCUGCUGCACUCUCCCCCAUUUUCGAUCACGUCGUGCUUGGUGGUGGGCAGGAGGCCAUGGAUGUGACCACGACCUCCACCAGGAUUGGCAAAUUUGAGGCCAGGUUCUUCCACUUGGCUUUUGAAGAAGAGUUUGGCAGAGUGAAGGGUCACUUUGGUCCCAUAAAUAGCGUUGCUUUUCAUCCUGACGGGAAGAGUUACAGCAGCGGCGGUGAGGAUGCCCGCUCGCCCUGUGUCUGCCUGCCUGGAGGGGUGGGGCCAGACAGGCCAGGAUGGGCGAUGCCGGAGGCCGAUGCUGCUGGGGACAUCAACCUUCUGCUCCAGAUAUGA